AUGCUCAUCGGACGACCGCUGCUUCGAAGGUGCUGCAGUCCCUCCUCGAAGCUACCUGACACACGACUACUCUCGAGCACCAACAACAAUUUCAAACCUGUUAAUAUAGCCAUUGCCCGGUACGAACACCGACAACCUGUUGGUAUAGCCUUUGGGAGUGGGAUAAAUUCGCAUUGGGGGUUAAUACGACCGUUUUCGACAGAAAGAGGGGAAGGAGGGGGAGGAUAUCAGGAUGGAGCUCGUGGGCGACAUAUCCGUUCGAGGCCACAUACCGGCUCUUCAGCCAAAUCUUAUAGAGCACCACCAUUACCUACGGAACGAAAGCUCAAGGUCAAUAUACCGCCGGAACUUGAGAGGGAUUUUGUUGAUUCGGUAGCCGAGGAUCUUGUUGACGACUUUGACGACCUUGAAGAACCCGGUCCCAAUUCUCGACUUUCAAAUGGUCGAGACCGACAGGCCGAUGAGGAGUUCUUUGCUAUCCUCGAUAAACAGCGUAGAGAACGGGCAAGUCAGAAUAAGGAUAGUGUAAGAGGUGCCGGACCGUCCACGAAAACUCUCGAAGAUACAUCCAGGUUCCUUCUGUCCGAACUACUGGCUACAGAGACUGCCACUAAACCAGGUUAUAAGAGAGGAGAUGCAAAUGCCGAUAGUGAAUCCGACCUUGUCCUUCUCCAGAAAGCCCUUGACGUCAGCAUCACCAGAAUCCAAAAGAACGCGAAGCCGGGAUACCAUCCUCUCCCAUUCUACCUCCAUCAAAACUCCAAAACCCUUGACGAAGCUCUAAAGGUGGUUCUCCAAGAAAAGAAACCAGACAUAGUCAACAAAGUCUGCUACAAUCUACUAAUUUCAGAUGCUGCACCGUCAAUCAAAACCUUUAAUAUCCUUAUUCGCCGGUUCACAAGACUUCGUAUGACCUCUUUAGCACAUGUAAUCCUUUCAACGCUCUUCGCAAUUGGAUUCGAACCAAAUGCCUACACUUACUCUGCAAUACUACAAUACCUCACCGUCACCCAAAACUACGAAGCUUUCAACCGAGCCGUCCAAAUCAUGCGCGACACUUUCUUGGAUUUCAAAAAUCCCGUCCUCGGAGCAGCCGAACUCAAUGGUUGGUCAAAACUAGGCAACUUCAUGGGUAUGCGCCGAAGGUUGAGGCUUUUACAGGAAGAAGGACUACGGGAUGAUAUAUACGUCCUUGCUAUCGAACUCAGGUACUUCGCAAAACGACAUAUGUGGGAGGGAGGAUUGCCGGCUUUGACAUUAUUAUUGAAGAAAGAGGCGCAAGAUAUCGAUCAUCGGGCUUUGUUUUGGGCGUUCAAACUGUGCGUUAACUGUCACCAAAAUGAGUUCGCAGAUCGAUUGAAGGCGGUGGCGCAGGAGAAGCGGUGGCCGGUUGAAGCUUUGUGGGCGAGGCCGACGAGGACUCGUGGGUUGCCGUAUGGAUAUAAAGGCAGGGAGUCUGGACAACUUGUGCCGAAGGGGACAGAUCCACCACAGUGGACGGAAUUGUGGAAUCCUGGGGUGAAAAGUAAAGAAACGUGGGAGUUGCAGAAAUUCAAAAUUGGGUCAAUGGCGAGGGUACCAGAUGCCUGGAGGGAGUAUAGCUCUGUCUUCUGGGAGAAGGCUAAUGGAGAGGAUGGAGGUGUGGAUAUGAAGAAGUGGGAGGGAGAUGCUUUAGAAGAUACCGUGGAUUCAUCGAUAUCGGACGUUAAGGCCAAAGGGAUGGCUGUAAAACAUCAAGGACUAACUGUUCUUGAAGAUGAGAAAUCCGAGAAUAAUGGGCGCAGGUCCUCCAUGUUUCAAAAUACGAAAGGAGGGACGAUUGCUGCAAAGACCAGCAACCUGCCAGAGAUGCCCGAAAGAGCGUUUAAAGCGCUUGAAGAAGAUAAUGUCUGGAAGUCGCUUCUCAAAAAGAGGAAGCGCGAGCUGCUUCGGCCUGAAACUCGGGGCCCGAAGCCACGUUAA